CGCUUGUUGUCAAACACAGGCUCAGAGUCUUGUGCGUUGUACGCACGCGCUACAGCUUGAGCGAGCGAUGGAACGCAUGCUCAGUGUGAGUUUUACCCACCUGGGAGCAGUUUGGAAACAGAAACCGAGAGAUUGUGGGUCGUAUAACAUGGCAAAUUACAGGACUUCGGAAUCCAAACGGGAACAGUUUCGAAGAUACUUGGAAAAAGCCGGGGUCCUCGACAGCCUUACCAAUGUGUUGGUAACUCUGUACGAAGAACCAGAAAAACCAAAUAAUGCUUUGGAUUUUCUAAAGCAACAUUUGGGAGUCGUUGGUCCUGAAACAGCAGACGUGGAAGCCCUGCGUCUGGAAGUUGUAGAACUCCGACAGAAAUAUGAAAUGGUGCUGGAGGAAAACAAAGAGCUAAAAGCUAAGCUUUCACAUUAUGAACCUCAGCAAGAUGAAGGGCGCACUGAAUAGCCACUCUGGCUUUCUUCGGGAAACACAAAUCCUGAUGACAAAGCCGUUUAACACUGACCUCACAGUGGGAUAGGUUUGGGGUAACACUUGCUCACUUGGAAAAAUGUAGUAAUAUCAUUUAUUUGGUAUUUUUGUGUAAAUAUUAUUACGGGGCUGUAUAUCCACACAAGUGCCUGAAAUAAAAAUAAAACCAUUUUUUACAAUUUUUUUUUUUUUUAGUCUAAGGAGAAUUGCUUUAAUUACAAUCAUUUGUGAUCAGUGUUGAGAAUGAAUGUCACAAGUUGCUAUGUUUGCACACACUGGCUUACUAGGCAGAUACUGUGUUGACCAUGUAGCCUGAGGAAUGGACAUUUUACAUCUACCAGGUGGCUAAUAUUGCUAUCAUGAUCCAUCUAAAACCCUACGAUUAGUAUAUAUUGUAUUUUAGGCAAUUCACUGGAAAAUGUACAUUUUCAGUUUCGGAUCUUGGUUGUGUAUUUUUUCCAUUUGCAGUAUACGUUAAUAGUUCCUGAUAAUCUUUUGAGUUUUUUUUUUUAAUUAAUUGAUCUUAUGCAUUUUUGUUCAUUGACAGAUAUUUAAUUUGUCUGUACACCUCAUUUCUGAACAUGCGUUGUUUCCAUAUGUUUGUGUGUAGUGACUUAAAAAUAAAUAGAAUUAAGUGUU